CCGCGUCCGGCCCCCUCGGAGCCUUUUUUCUAGCCCAAGGCUGCGGAGGCGCCGUCACUACGAGCGUGUGUACCGCGGCGUUGGGUCGCAGUUGCUCCGAUGAGCUGUGCAAGCUCGAGCUGUGACAUGGCGAGCCCGGACUUCGAGGGUCAUGCGGGCCAGAACGGAGACCAUUUCCUAUAUUUCGCAUACGGCAGUAACCUGUUGACGAAGAGGAUCCGCUACCGAAACCCCUCGGCCACGUUCUGCUGCGUGGCCCGCCUGCAGGAUUUUAAGCUUGACUUCGGCAAUUUCCAAGGCAAAACGAGCCAAAGGUGGCAUGGAAGUAUAGCUACCAUUUUUCAGAGUCCUGGAGAUGAAGUGUGGGGAGUAGUAUGGAAAGUGCACAAAAGCAAUUUAAACUCUCUGGAUGAGCAAGAAGGAGUGGAAAGUGGAGUAUAUGUCGUAAUAGAAGUCAAAGUUUCAACUCAAGAAGGGAAACAAUUAACUUGUCGAAGUUAUCUGAUGACAAAUUAUGAGAGUGCUCCCCCAUCACCACAAUAUAAAAAGGUGAUUUGCCUGGGUGCAAAAGAAAAUGGUUUGCCACUGGAGUAUCAAGAGAAGUUAAAAGCAAUAGAACCAAAUGAUUAUGAAGGAAAGGUCUCAGAAGGAAUGGAAGAAAUUCUCGAAUAGAAAAAACAAAAACUCUAUGGAACAUAGCAGAAUAUGCCUAGGGAUACUCUCUCCUUGUGCUAAUAUGAAAUACUCUUAAAGUUUGAGAAUGAAGAAUUGGGAUUUGCGGUCUCUCCACCUUUACUCUCCUUUCAACAGUUCUCUGAAGAGGAGGUUCACUUGGGUGACCCAUACUUUCAGACUCUAUAAAGAAGCUGGGCUUGGAGUUAGGAAUUUAAAAGGGGGGCUGUGAGGCACUGGGGUGCAUGGCAUGGAUGUGGCUACACCUUCUGUGGACACAGCUAUUUUUAAAAAUUUUCUUUCUUCAUUUUUUUUCUUCUGAGUUGACCUUAAGGAUCUUCUUCCUCUGUGACAAAGGGUAGGUUUGUGGCCUGCUUGAUGAUGGUGCUGGUGAACUGCUCUGCUCUGGGUUUUUAUGUUAUUCAACUUGGAAGCAAGCUGCUGAGACGGUUCAAGAUAAACUUUUGAAAGUUGGAAAGGCUGUUCUUAGAGGAAUAAAUAUAUUUAGACUUUAAGCUGUUUGUCAUACUAAAAUAUUCCUUAUGCUGUUUAACUCAAAUUAUCAGAGGACUGGAGCAGACUGUGGCCAUGUGGGGUUUACAGUAAAGGAACACUGCACGAACUCUGGACCCAGGCAGGGUCGCAGCAGUGCCCAGCCAAGCGCUGAGAGUGUAGGUCCUGUCAAUCUCUGUGCCUCUGUUUCCUUAUGUGCGAUAAGGAUAAUAAAAACACCUGUAUCUUCAGAUUGUUUUGAGGGUUAAAUGAGUCUGUCUGCAUAUAGUAGGACAGAGUUCAACACCUUAUAACUAUUAGCAGUCAUUAGUGUUCUUAACUGAAGACUUCAGUUUGUGCAGGGCCAUUCUUGAAAUAGGCUCUUAAAAUAUAAGAGUCGAGGUUUUAAAGGGAAGACUGUUUUAGGAGAGAUACAGUUUAAUCCUUGGCUUCUCAGGAAACUGACCUUGUAAAAUUUAUUUGAUGAAUAAUCACAGAGGAAAAAAGUCAAGAAUAAAGCAAUACUGGUUUUCAGAAAAUCUAUCCUGUGGCAUGCAGUCAGCUGUACCAUAACUGGUCACAGGAACAUAAAAAUGCAUUUUGUUCUUUUAAGUGAAAGUCCCCCAAGGGCUUUCAGGCUCCAGCACUGUUCUGUCGUGAGGCUGAGACCACAGCACAGACCAUGUUUGUAGCUGUCACACCUCUCUAUUUUCCACUAUAUCCUCUAGUAAUCUAGCUUUUUCCUGAUUUUUAAGUCUUCCCAAGAAGAUCCAAGUUUGUCAGUGAUCCAGUACCCAGUAAUGAUAAUGCAGUAAGCAAGGCUUAUUUUUGCAGUAGGUACCAAAAAUUGAAUAGUAGUCUAAUAAUCUCACCUAAACUGACAACUUCUUUAAGAAAUUCAGAAUGCUAGCAGUAACACUUUGAUGUAUGGCCUUUUAGCAAAAAUCUGGACUUACAAGGCAUACUGAUUUCCUAGUUUUCAGAGUCAUACUGCAAUGGGCAACUAUAAGCACUCUACCAGCUCUCAAAUCACAGUACAACCACAUCCUGUUAAAGUAUAAGAACCAUUUUUAAAAAGCAUUGCUGGGCUUUUUAAAAAGGAACAUGAACUUCAGGGGUACAAACCACACCUCCCCAAAAAAGAAAAAAGGAAGAUAAACUGUGAACUUUCAGAAACAGACCAUCCUGCAAAGAAAUGACUUUGGUGUACAAGUGUCAACAGUAUUCCCAGAAUUGGAACCCUCCCCUGGCGCACUCCUGUGCGGAGCAAGAAAGCCAGCCCUGAGAACCUUAGCCUCACUACCGCCAUCGGAGUAACCUUAGAAAGGAGGAAGCCACGAGCCUCCUUCCUCCCCUGUGUGUUCAUGGAGCCUGGACUUCAUUCCCAUCGGGCAGUGAUGGUGUCCUUUGGCCUCCCCAUUGGAGGGGCCUCACAGCUAUAGAAGAUUUAAGCUGCGAGCCAGAGUUUAUCUCCAAAAUGCCAAGUCUUUGGUUGAAAAUCCAUCAUUCCAAGAAUCAGGAAGAUCCCAAACUAAAUGAAAAAAGAUGAUCAGUAAAUGCCAAACAAAGGAUUUUAAGCCAGACAUCAUUAAAACAUUUCAGUGGGCAACAGGAGAAUAUGUUGAAAAUGGAGAAGUAUAGAAAGCUUUAAAUAGAAGAUUUUUUUAAAAAUAGAAAUUUUAGUGUUAACAAACAUAAUAGCUGCAACUUGAAAAACUCAGUGGGUGGGUUCCGCAGAGGAGCGGAGAGAACAGAAGAGAGAGUUAGUGAACUGGAUGACAGAACAGCAGAAAGUAGCCCAGUCUGAGCACGAGAGAAAUAGACUGACAAAGAAAACACCUGAACUAACAGAGCCUUGGGGACAUCUGUGACCAUAAGUAUAAAGCUGACAUUGUGCCAUGGGCGUCUCAGAGUGCAGAAAGGAGAAGCUGGACAGAGACCCAAAGAAUUGGGGAAGAUCUUCCUGAAUUUGGCAAAAGUCAUAAACUUGUUUCUUCAAGAAGCUGAAUGAACCCCAAACAGAGAAAUCUACCCCAAAAUACAUCAUAGUCAAUCUUCUAAAAAAUACAGAAUUAAUUAAUUUGAUACUUGGGGUUGAACCCAGGGCCUUGCACAUACUAGGUAAGCACUCUACCACAGAGCUAUAUCACCAACACCACUCUUUUCUCAGUUUUUGAGGGGGUUUUACUAAGUUGCCCUCGCUGGUCUCCAUCUUGAGGUCCUCCUGCCUCAGCCUCACAAGUAACUAGGAUUAUAGUUGUGUGUCACUUUCACCUAACUAGAAAAAUCUUGGAAGUUGUGAGAAUUGACACCAGUAGAAAAAGAAACAACUUGCACAUUUCUCAUCAAAAGCCAUAGAGGCCAAAAGGAAGUGAUAUAUUUUUUUUUUUUCAAAAAGAAAAGAACUAUCCACCCAGAAUCCAAUAAAAUAGCCUUGGAGGAUAAAGUAGAAUCCAGGACAUGUCAAGUGAAGGAAAGUAAGAAAAUUUAUCACAGCAACCCUACCUCAGAGAAAAGUUGGAGGACGGUUUCUAAACAAAAAGGAAAUGGUGAAAGAAGGAAGCUUACUACAACAUCAAAAGAGAAUACUGUGAGGAAAACUACAGAUAAAUAUGAAAGACUUUCCUUCUCUUUGAGUUUCCUGCAUUACAGUUGGUAGUUGAAGCAAAACUUGUAACACUGUGUACUGUGGUUCUGAAUAUAUGUAGAAGAAAUAUUCUAAACAAUUAGCAAAGGGAGAGAGAAGGAAAACAAAGUUUCUACAUUUCAUUUAAGCUAGUAAAAGAACACCAGUCCUGAGGUUAUGUAAAUAAUAUACCUGGAUGAUAUACCUGGAGCACCUUUAAUAUUCCUAUAUAAAGAGUUUUAUUUAAAACACUAUAGAUAAAAUGGAAUUCCCAAAGAUGCUUACAUAACCCACAGAAAGU